AUGGCACGAGUUGCUGAUUCAUUGUUGAUGAACCUUUACUUGAAUGAAUCCGAUGAUGGUGAUCAUCGUCCUUCUAAAGCCACAUCAUCAAUCAUUAGUCUCAUGGAAAAUUGUGCAAUAAAUGAUGAUACAAUAAUCAGUUUGUUAUUAAGCCAUCAUCGUCAACCAGAUGAAAUUCAACAACAAGCUGUUCGUAUUCUCGCGAAUCUCUGUUUCAAUCGUUUAACAGCAUUUCGUGCAUUCAAUGAUCAAAUACAAACGAAAAAAAAAGAAGAUAUAAAAGAAUUUAUUCAAUUAUUUUGUCUUGAAUUUUCAAAAAUGAGCUUAUCGUUUAAAGGAGAGAAAGAUUGGGAAUUUACUCAAAUUUUCAUGACGAUAAACAUGGACAUGUUAAAACAAGACUAA